AGACGAGUCAUAAAUAAUUUAAUCUGUGAGUUUUCUUUUGAGUUCUCCUCACAAAACAAACCCACCCAAAUUACAAAGAGAGAGAGAGAGAGAGAGAGUGGAGGGGGAGAGAGAGAGCAGAGAGAGAGAGCAGAGAGCAGAGAGCAGAGAGCAGGUUAUGGAUGUGAGGAGAAUAGUGGUGGUGGUUGAAGACGUGGAAGCAGCAAGAACAGCUCUGAAAUGGGCACUUGACAACCUUGUUCGCUAUGGGGACUUGAUAACUCUGCUCCAUGUUUUUUCAACCUCAAGAUCCAGAAACAAGAACAAAACCAGGCUUCUCCGCUUGAAGGGCUUCCAGUUGGCCCUCUCUUUCAAAGACAUCUGCAACACCUUCCCCAACACAAAGGUUGAAAUGAUUGUGACAGAAGGUGAUCAAGAUGGGAAGAAGAUUGCAGCUGUGGUGACAGAGAUCGGGGCUUCAACUCUUGUGCUUGGCCUCCAUGAUCACAGCUUUCUCUACAGGUUGGCAAUGGCCCACGGCAGCAGCAGCAUUGCAAACAAGUUGAAUUGUAGAAUUCUGGGCAUCAAGCAACCACCACCCUCCUCCACACCAUUACGUACGAGGACCAGUGGAACAACAACACCAGUCCUCGACAGUUGUUCAACCAACAAUAUGGACUUUUCACAGAUUGACAUUGCUGGAUUACAUGUCCCUGCUGUUCCUCCGCCAAAAGUCCCAUACAGAAUCUGCCCAAACCCUUAUGCAAUCAUUUGGAAAUCAAGGAAGUCAAGGAGAAAGUGAAGUGGUUGUUGAAAGCUGUUUAUAAUUUUGAUUUCGAAGGCAUAGCGUAGCAGGUUCAGCAGAUUGAGCCAUUUGGGGGCAUUGCAGCCUCAGUUAAUUUCCUUUUUCUUUUUUUUUUUCUUUCUUUUUCCACUCUCACAUAACCCACACACACAAAAAUUACAAAACCAAUACUGGAAGGAACUGACAGAUCAUGUAGUAAUUUUUCUGAUUUUUACAAAAUCUGGUUAUUUUAUUUUAUUUUUUUGUACACAGUAACCCGAGUUAAGAACAAGAGCUUCUGUCA